AUGUGUACUUGUGAGAAGCACGGAGAUGGUUUUCAAGUGUGUACGCAUAAUGCCAAGAAUCAGCCUCACUGUAAGUUUGAUGGAGAUGAUCAGUGUCUCGUAACCCAUCUCGAUUAUAACGAGCUGAAUCACAGACCAGAACUUCCUGAGGCUGUAGAGGAGCUGGUGAUGCUGGGUAGAAUCCCAGGGCCAAUAGUAAUAAUGGGACUGCUUCUAUACUUGAGAGGCAUGAUAUCCAUGCAAUUCUUGGGCUACCUUGGAGAGCUGGAGUUGGCGGGAGGAUCUCUUUCAAUUGGGUUUGCAAACAUAACCGGCUAUUCAUUUAUUUCCGGACUGGCUAUGGGAAUGGAACCUGUGUGUAGCCAGGCUUUUGGAGCGAAACGGUGGAGUCUUCUCGGCCACUCUCUUCAAAGAACAAUUCUCAUCCUUCUCUGCACUUGUGUGCCCAUCGGUUUGCUCUGCUUAAACAUCGAAUCAAUUUUGCUAUGGUGCGGGCAGGACGAGAGCAUCACCAGGAUGGCAGGCACGUACGUGCUUUACUCUUUGCCCGAUCUCAUCGCACGGUCAUUUCUUCAUCCUCUAAGGAUUUCCCUUCGAACGCAGAGCUGCACCCUUCCGCUCACAGUUUCAGCAGGCGUGGCUCUUCUCCUUCACGUUCCCAUAAAUUUUCUUUUAGUCGUCUAUUUCAGACUAUCAAUCCGAGGCGUUGCCCUGGCUGCCGUGUUUACCAAUUUUAACAUUGUUAUAUGCUUGGCGUGCUACAUAUGGCUGUCGGGACUUUACAAGGAUUCGCUACCGAGCAUGUCGAGAGAAUGCCUCGAAGGAUGGUCGUCGUUUCUGAGACUGGCGAUCCCCAGCUGUGCAUCGGUGUGCCAAGAGUGGUGGUGGUACGAGUUCAUGAUUCUUGUCUGCGGACUAUUGUUAAACCCAAAAGCAACCGUAGCUUCGAUGGGAAUUCUGAUACAGACAACGGCGCUGCUUUACAUAUUUCCAUCGUCGCUAGGCGUGGGAGUUUCGACGAGAGUGGGAAACGAGCUCGGUGCAAACAGGCCGGACAAGGCCCGCAUUGCCACGAUAGUGGCAAUUGGUUGUGCGGCUGUAUUGAGCUUCAUGGCAAUGAGUUUUACAGUUGCAGUACGUCAUGUGUGGGGUAGAAUGUUCACCAAAGAUGAGCAGAUUCUGUCGCUGGUGUCGUCGGCAUUGCCGAUAGUGGGCCUCUGCGAGCUGGCGAAUUGGCCGCAAACAACGGGAUGCGGAGUCCUCCGAGGCAGCGCACGCCCAACGAUGGGCGCAAAAAUAAACUUGGGCUCUUUCUAUUUGAUCGGCACGCCGGUUGCGUUGAUUUUGAGUUUCAUGUACAAAUUUGAAUUUGUGGGUCUAUGGUUUGGCAUGCUGGCGGCGCAAGGGUCAUGCCUUAUCCUCAUGUUGUUUGUACUCCUGGGGACGGACUGGACUGUGCAGGCAGCGAGAGCCAGGGAGCUCACCAUAGGGACCGCUGAAUCUUUACUGGAGAAGACACGGAUACAAAUUAUAUUGAAGGAAGAGAAGACAGAUUAUGCGUGCAAAACAAUAUAUAUUCCAGACGACCAAAUGGACAUUGAUAGAAGCUGA